AUGGGCAUCGACGAGAGGAUUACAUGUCAAUGUGGGAUAGAAGCGAGCCGGAACCCCAUCCACUACAGCCCAUGGCUGGUCCUCUUGGAAUUCUACAGGCGCGGUCAGCUCACAGAAUUUAGGUGUGGUGGCACUUUAGUAGACCGUCGCCACGUGAUCACAGCCGCUCAUUGCAUCAGAAAGGUGAAACAUCACAGGUUAUCUGAAAUGAUACUGAGCUUGCUAGAAUUGGUCAUAUAUGCAGUGGAAAUUGUUGUGUCACCUCAAGAAAUACAACUUUUUUCGUAUGGCUAUUGCAACGUUAAUACUUAUUUCAUUCGACCGAUCUGCUUGCCAACGACCAAAAUUAAAAGGUUCACAAUUUUCGAUGCAACAGGCUGGGGAGAAAUGAUAUCCACUGGGCUCUACAGUCCUGUCAAGAAGUCUAUACCUUUACCGUCUUGGUCGUACAAUGAUUGCAGAGACAUAUACAAAGAGGACGUUAUACCACGCCACGCAAUUUGUGCAGGUGGAUUGAAAGGAGUUGAUACUUGCCGUGGUGAUUCAGGAGGGCCGCUGACUUAUCAAGAAGACCGUAUACAACUUUAUGGAGUAACUAGCUUAGGGCCAACUACAUGCGGUAGGGUAGGUGCUCCGGGUAUUUAUACUAGUGUCGUGGACCAUUUAGAAUGGAUCCACGAGGUUUUGGGUAUGACUUGA